GAAGAAGCUUUAAAGUUCAAGACAAUUUACCGAAGAGCGGAACGCUCGAGCAUCGCGACCCUGAUGAAUGGAGAUACUCACGCACUGCUGAUCCCCACGGCGAUGUAUAUGUACGCCACGAGCUACUACGCCUACAGCGUGCCGUUCACCACCAACUCCAGCACUCUUACUUCUUGCCUGGCGAAUAAAGGAAACUCCGUUUCCCUGACUAAUCUCGAAGACGUGGCGAAGAAAAGGACACACUCGCUUUGUAUUAGGAACGACAGCACCGCAUAUGCCCACUUUACCGUGGAUGGAUUGCCGGAUAGCGACCUCCGGGUCGAGUGGAAAGGAUUGUUGAACUAUGAAUGUCCCGACAUGAGGGACAGGGAGACUCUCGCUUCGAAAUUAUGCCGUCCGGGUUUCGCCUACUUGGAGGCACCGGCUGUAUUUCUACCGGUUUAUCGCAAAGUUCGGCACAAGUGUGACAUCGUGCAACUACCUGAUGAUUAUUGGAGUGUCAGACUGACAUUUCUGCACGCCAGGUUGUCGCAAUACCGUGAAUUCAUUGACAGUUACUUAAUGCGUAUGCGUUCGGCUGGGAUAUUCAAUUACCUUGAGAAGAAGUGGAUCUCACAACAAACUUACGGUCAAUCCAGUUAUCUUCAGUCGAACAGUUUCCAACCGGUGCAAUAUAUGCACAUUCGUUUAACUACCUUGUUGUUCAUCAUGAUGAUGAUUAUCAGUAUAUUCAUCUGCAUUUUGGAAAACGUUUGGUAUAAACUGCAACAGGCGCGAAAAUUCAAGAAGAAGAAUUCUAAUUCGAUAUUACUGGGGACACGUGAUAACAAUUUAAACAUAACGAAGACGUGUUAUAAAAUGAAAUCGCAACGCAAAUGGCACCGGAAAUUUAACUCGAAAUUUUUAUCUGAACAUGUGACAAAUCCGAAAUUUCUUGAGAAUGUCACAGUACGAGUUAACCGAUGGUAAAUACAACAGUCGUAGUUAUAGAUAUAUGUAUACGAUAUUCGGGAAUAUCGAGAUCAACAAUAUUAUUUCUACGUUUUCAUCAAACAAGAUGAAUCACGAGAGAGAGAGAGAGAGAGAGAGAGAGAGAGAGAGAGAGAGA